AUAUAUACAACAAACACAACCCUCUUUCUUUUUUUCUUUAACUCACUUUUUGCUUAACACGCACUGACUAGUUAUCUAUACACCAGCUACAUAAACAACUUUUUUCUACAACAGCUUUUUAUUUUAUUUUGCUUAUUUACUUAAAUUCAAGUCCUUUCCGUACGUUUUAAAUGUCAAAGACAAAGUUUCCGCACCCUUCAGCACCAACAAUAGCAGCACACAGCCAGACCAAAAGGACCACAUCAACCAGCCCCACAGCCAUUAGGAAACCCACACAGCCAUUACACCAGCAGCAGCAGCGGCGGCGGCACCCGGGCACUGGAGGCGGAAAGUGCCUCACUGCAUUGGCAGCCUAUGGCGGCAGCGGCGGCCAUUCUGAUAGCGAGGAGCUUAGCGACUACAAUAUUGACGGUGGCAUGGCCGAAUCGGGCGCGUUUGCAGUAAAGCCGCGCGGCAGUAAGGGCGGUCGGCGAGGUCCCGGACAGCACGAGAUGCCGCUGUCCAUUGAGGAUGUGGUUAUUGACGAUAACGAGGACGAGUUUGAUUUUCCUCGCGGCGGUAUUGAUGGCCCGCGCCCGGUGUACUGCGUCUGCCGCAGGGGCGUCAUAUCCGGCGAACGCAUGCUUGAGUGCACCGAUUGCAAAGAGUUAUUCCAUGGCUCGUGCGUGGGCGUGCCGCUGCAUUCAAUCCGCGAAACGGCACCCCCGUAUGUCUGCGAAUCAUGCCUCCAGCAGCAUCCACGGAGAAAGCGCACUCCGGGGACCAUUCUGGGCGUGGGAACCAAAAUCGUGCCGAAAACAGCACCGAAGAAGAGCAAGAAGAAGCGCACCACAACAUCCACGUUCGACGCCAACAACGAUGAUGACGAAAAUGACAUUAUUUAUUUGCGUGCAGCGGUUUCGCCACAAAAGCCGCUGCUGUCGUCAGCGAUUGUCGAUCCGACAGGGCCCGAUGAGGCUGGAAAGGCUGCCGCCGGCGCUGAUGAUGGUUCUAAUGUCACAGCGACCUUUCCACUUCCUGCUGCUAACCAAGCUGCACUGGCCGCAUUCAUGAGCGCAGCUUCUGGGGAUAUGCUGGAUGACGAUGACAUUUGUCCCAUUUGUGAAGACGAAUGCACAUGUGGAAACUCCCGCUCGUCCAACUUUGGUGCCGCCAGCACCUUUGCAUACCAGAAUGACGAUCUCAACGAUAAAGGCAAUGGCGGCCCACUAAUGCCGUUAUUUCCCCAGGUUUCCAUGCCUGCCAACUUAGCAACAGCAGCAGCAGCAGUGGUUACAAUUAAAAAGCGCGGAUCAGCGCCCAAAAAGAUAUCGAGAAAGUUGGAAUCGCGGAUAACAAACCCAGUUGCUGCCACCAAGGCCCGGGCAAAGCCGCGCGCCAAAAAGGGAAAGGGCUCUGAGAGAAGCCUCAUUUCGCGACUGGUCAACGGCAUGGGCACAAACUCUGCGCUUCAAUCGGAUCUCCUUGGCAGUGGCGAUGAGGAAGAGGGUGUUGAGUACGAGCUCUUUGAGUCCGGCAGUUUGUCCGGAUUCCCCGACGCCACAGUCUCCCUGACCAGCAGCGAUGACGAGGAUUUUGAGUUUGCUGCGUUUCCCUCAGCAAAACCUAAGGCCAAGGGAACAAAGGCGCCUAGAUCAGUGGCCGGCCGCCCAUUGAAGAGUGCAGCGGGUAGUUUCACCCCUGUUUUUGCUGACAUUACAACACCCUUGCCGCAGACAAAGGCCACAGCCAACCCCACCAAGCGUGGCCGGCCACCGAAAUUAGCCGCUGCCCUGGCGGCCACAGCCAACAGCGCGGUAUCCGGGGCGAGCAGCUGGGAAAAUAAGAAGAAAAAGAGCCAGCCAAUUGCCCAGCAGCUACAGGACCUUGUCGUGUCUCAGGUGUACGAGGUCGACGCCACAGUUAUCCGCGGGCGGGACCGGCGGCAACCGGUCAACAAGCGCGGGGUGUCUCCGAUUCGUGCGCCCAGCGAGGCCCUGAGCGGCGAGGACGAGUUCGUCAACAUCACAGACGUGACCAGUGACACCAGUGCUGACUACCCCAGCGAAACCGAAUUUGACCUCCCGAGCACCCAGGACAAGGAACCGUCUAUACGAACAGUGUGGAGCGACACCAACUCGCAUGCAAUCGACGGUGACGACGACGACGAGGACAUUGAAAAGGCCGAGGAGGCGUAUCUGGCACAAAUGCAGGACAACGAUUUCUCCUCGUCGAGCCUCAGUGACUUGGAUGAGGAGCGCUUAGCUGGUAUUCGCCGCGACCGCGUGGGCGACCUCGAUCCUGAUAGUGGAGAUGAGAGCGACUCAGAGAGUAACAAUGAUGAGGGGUCCGAGAGACUCCACGUGCGGCGGCGAAAGCGGUCAAACGUGCGGCGGCAGAGAAGCCGCCUACGCGACUUUACAACGGCUAUUUCUAGCGCAUCAGACUCGGACUCGCUUUCGGAUAUUGGCAGUCUCAGCAGCCUGUCAUCGAGCGACGAGGAGUCGGAGUCUGACCAGGAGCUGACUUUCCGCGAGGCUCAGACUGAAGAGGAACGUGCCCUGGUAGAGUACGCGGAGUCCGGUGAUGACCGCGAGGACGCCCUACUGAGUAUGCACUUGGACCAGCUACGGGCAGUGCGCAAUGUCAUACAUGAUUGCUCGUCGUCCCCGCUGCUCGAGCACGCCGGAUCGGGAUCCGAAGUGGCUUCGGAUAUUGACAUGGACAUGGAGAUUGCGUUCACCUACUGCUCGCGCAGCACUGACGACAGCAGCGAUGAUCUAUCCGACGACCUGAUGGAGGGCUGGGGCACGGACGCUCGCAGGCGCUGGGAGGCCGAGCCGGGAUCGAGCAGCGACUCCGCCUUGAGCGAAUCCAAGCUCAAUCGGCUGCGGCUUAAAGGCGACGAAGACGAAAACCACAGCGACCUAUAUUCAAGCGACUCCUACGACGAGUUUUACACCCGCAGUGCGUUCCUGGAUAUGGGCAGCGAUGAUGGAGAUGACGCGCAGGAGGACGCCAUGUACCCGUCGGGUCUUGAUCUGGACAGCGCGUCGCUCGCAUUGGGCGUGGCCCUAAGCAUGGAGCAGCAGGGGUACUCGAAGGAAGACGCCGCCGCCGCUGCUGCGGUUGCUGCUGCAGCGUACCCGGGCGCGGGCGCUGCUGCAAAUGGCAACUCGGUCGACGACAUGCUUGGAAAGCAGGUGGCGAUGACAACCAUCACGGCGUCGAUGAACGCCAACGGUGAGGCCGACCCGAUCGACGGAAUUAUGUCCAUCAAGUCGAGCUCCACUGCCAGGGGCACUUCGCGCAUGGCAACAGGAACGCACACGCCCUAUUUGACUUCGGAGUGGCGUGCGGCGGCGGCGGCUGUGGCAGCUGUAUCGUACCUGGACACCACCAAACCACCGGUUAUAUCAUAUGUGCUGCCCAAGGACCUUAACGAGGCGCGGCAUCCGAGCAUUGCGCUGGCUGCAGCUACGGCAGCGGAGGCGGAGGCGGAGGCUGAUGCGCUUGUUGCCGCUGUUGUAGAAGCAGCUCCAGCUGCACUGUCUGUUGCAGAUUUGUCGGACGGGUGGAAGAUACAGGGUAAUUAUGCUGCGACUAUUGGAAGCAACGACUCGACCACGGCUGGGCUUCAGUUGGUAAUCGAUAAUAUUACGGGGUCAGCAGCGACCACGGCCAACGCUGUUGAUGUCGACAAGCACGAUCAUGAGGUUGCGGACGAAGACAAUGACGAAGGCGAAUAUGAAGAUGAAGACAGCGACGAGGAUGCAUACCACCCGACUAGCAACACCAGUGGCCACUCGGUGGUGCCGUCGCCAAAGUCUUCCAUGUCAGAGUCCGCGAUGCUGCCGAGCGCAUUCACCUCGCAGCUGCCAAACUCUUCGUUUUUCAAGCCCCUGUCGUCGAUCUGCUCGCCCAUUCGCCGUACAUCGUCGACAAACACCGCCGCGAUCCAGUCUGCCCGGCGGAGAUUGAGCGUCGGGCCGGCCUCAGCUUCAACAGAGCCAAUUGAAUCUGUCGAUAACAUGCUGUCCCUGGGCUCCGGGUUUGUGCCAGGCGCACCACUGGUGUCGCUAGCAGAGGUGAAUGCGGCAUUGAGCGCUCUGGCUGAGCAGUCGACGUCGGCUUCACCUGUUGGUGCCACCUUCGGAUUAUUGAAGCGCAAACUGAGCGAGAGCAGCAUUGGGGAGUCGGCCACAAACGAGAAGCGUGUUUGCGGAAACAACAUAUUUGCUGAGAUGACUGGCGAGGCUGCGGAUGUUGUGGUGGACCAGCUUCCGCUUGACAUGUCGAUGCUUUUUGCGACCGGAACAACGAGCAGCGACAUUGCCAACGCCCUCUGCAGGCCCCGUACGCCGCAAGAUGUCAACCCAACUGUGGAAAUGGGUGCUGGCACCCCCAUGCGCAGCGCUGUGGGCAUAUUUCCUGUCGACCACGAUGCUGAGGACGACAUUGACAGCUGGAUGAUGAGCAUGGAUCAGCUGGUGGACACGGACGCGCUUCUAAUCAAGUCGCCGCCGCCGUCCCCUGCGGAUAGCACAGCCGGCAGCAUGGAUGCGGGUGGAAUGGGCCAUUUGCCGCACAUUGGAUCGGUCGGCGGCCGCAUAGGCGGCACAAUGACAACUGGAAGCGGCACGGACUUGUUUGCGCGGUGGGAUCGCAUCCCGGUCAACAUCUUCCGCCGCUCAAGAGCCCUGGCGUCGAACCACCGCAGGCAGCUUUCCUCGGAUGACAUGCUAGGUACAGCAUCGUCGCUGGCGCUCACGGCAAUCAAGUCCAGUCGCCAGCGUCGCACGCUCAUAAACACCACGCUCCUGGCGCAGCACACUCUGCCCGCAGAGGCCGCGAUGCAGCAGCAUGCGAUGAAGCUGGCCAUGCGCAAUGGGCGGCGCGGCCUGCGCAACCCAGAGUUGCAUCUUUCGGGCAUGGCUCUGCCUCCGCCACCGCCCCCCACACCCUUGUCCUCCGUUGCUGGCAGCGCCCAGCGCGAGACGGUCGACCUGAGCAACCCUGCAGCGCUUAUCUCGCCUAUGCUCAUGCUCCAGCGCAACCAGUACAGCCAGAAGGCUGAGAAUAUGUCUGCAAUGGGAAUGAUCCAGGCAAUGAGUGCGGGAAUCUCUGGUGUUGACUCUGUCAACGGCGCAGGUGUGUCUGGCAUAGCGCGGGCAGAUUCACAACAUGAGAGGCACCAGCAGCUUGUGGCUUCAGGAGCUGUCCCUGAGCCGGGCACGCCCUGGGAGACUCUGAGCCAGCAUUCGGAUCACUCCGAGGUUACUGCAGCUUCUGCUGAAGUGGCCAGACUUGCUGAUAGCAGUCGCAUGGACACUGGUGCUGGUGACUCGGGUGGGAUGUCUAAGGACCACAUUUUGGACGGCAUGCAUGAUGUUGAUAUGGCUGGGCUGGGCGACGACGGCGGCGGAUGCGGAUAUGCGUUUGGGUGGCUCGAAGACGACGAGGAUCUGGGGCUGUUUGCUAUGCCCGAGUUGUCUACAGGCAGCAGCCGACAGCAGCCUAGCAUGACGAUGGUGCUGGCUUCAACGAGUCCCAUGCUGAUGCCAUUUAUGGCUGGCGGUGGUGCUGGGUCUGGCUCUGGCGGUGGUGCUGGUGCUGGUGCUGGUGUUGGCGGCAGUAGCAGUGGCGACUUUGGAUCUGAAGCCCACCAUCUGUAGCGAUGUGACGCCAGCAUUCUGCCACGCGCGCAGGGUUUUAUAUGUCACAUAUAUCAUCACGAACUUUACUUUAUUUGCACUUAGAAUCGGAAUGGUCUCGAAUACCAAUACGCCAAAACAUGUACUUUUUCACGAUAUACAAAUUUAUUAUUUAAC